AUGGUUAACUUCACCAUUGAGGAGAUCCGGUCUCUGAUGGACCGUCCGGCCAACAUCCGGAACAUGUCCGUCAUUGCUCACGUCGAUCACGGAAAGUCCACCCUCUCCGACUCCCUCGUCCAGCGUGCCGGUAUCAUCUCCGCCGCCAAGGCUGGUGAGGGUCGUUACAUGGACACCCGUCAGGACGAGCAGGACCGUGGUAUCACCAUCAAGUCCACUGCCAUCUCCCUGUACGCCAAGUUCCCCGACCCUGAGGAUCUCAAGGAGAUCCCCCAGAAGGUCGAUGGUAGCGAGUUCUUGGUCAACCUGAUCGAUUCCCCCGGUCACGUUGACUUCUCUUCCGAGGUUACUGCCGCUCUCCGUGUCACUGACGGUGCCAUGGUCGUCGUCGACUGUAUCUCCGGUGUCUGUGUCCAGACCGAGACUGUCCUGCGUCAGGCUUUGACCGAGCGUAUCAAGCCCGUCCUGGUCAUCAACAAGGUCGACCGUGCUCUUCUUGAGCUGCAGUGCACCAAGGAGGACCUGUACCAGUCCUUCUCCCGUACCAUCGAGUCCGUCAACGUCAUCAUCUCCACCUACAACGACAAGGCCCUCGGUGAUGUCCAGGUGUACCCCGACCAGGGUACCAUCGCUUUCGGUUCCGGUCUCCACGGCUGGGCCUUCACCGUCCGUCAGUUCGCCGUCAAGUACGCCAAGAAGUUCGGUGUCGACCGCAAGAAGAUGCUCGAGCGUCUGUGGGGCGACAACUACUUCAACCCCAAGACCAAGAAGUGGACCAAGAACGGCGAGGCUGACGGCAAGUCCCUCGAGCGUGCCUUCAACAUGUUCAUCUUGGACCCCAUCUUCAAGAUCUUCGCCGCUAUCAACAACGACAAGAAGGAUGACGUCCUCAGCAUCGUUGAGAAGCUCGAUGUUAAGCUCACCAGCGAGGAGAAGGAGUUCACCGGCAAGGCUCUUCUCAAGACCGUCAUGCGCAAGUUCCUCCCCGCUGCCGACGCCAUGCUUGAGAUGAUCUGUAUCCACCUGCCUUCCCCCGUCACUGCCCAGAAGUACCGUGCCGAGACUCUGUACGAGGGUCCCACCGACGACAAGGCCUGCAUUGGUAUCCGCGACUGUGACCCCACUGCUCCUCUGAUGCUGUACGUCUCCAAGAUGGUGCCCACCUCCGACAAGGGUCGUUUCUACGCUUUCGGUCGUGUCUACUCCGGUACCGUCAAGUCCGGUCUCAAGGUCCGCAUCCAGGGUCCCAACUACGUCCCUGGCAAGAAGGACGACCUGUUCAUCAAGGCCAUUCAGCGUACCAUCCUGAUGAUGGGUCGCUUCGUUGAGCCCAUUGAGGACGUCCCCGCCGGUAACAUUGUCGGUCUGGUCGGUGUCGACCAGUUCCUGCUCAAGUCCGGUACCCUGACCACCGACGAGACCGCCCACAACCUGAAGGUCAUGAAGUUCUCCGUCUCCCCCGUCGUCCAGCGUGGUGUUGAGGUCAAGAACGCCCAGGAUCUGCCCAAGCUGGUCGAGGGUCUCAAGCGUCUGUCCAAGUCCGACCCUUGCGUUCUGACUCUGAUCAACGAGUCUGGUCAGCACAUUGUUGCCGGUGCCGGUGAGCUCCACCUCGAGAUUUGCUUGAAGGAUCUUGAGGAGGACCACGCUGGUGUUCCCCUGCGCAUCUCCGACCCCGUCGUGUCUUACCGUGAGACUGUCGCUGGCACCUCCACCAUGACCGCUCUGUCCAAGUCCCCCAACAAGCACAACCGUCUCUACAUGACUGCUGAGCCCAUGGACGAGGAGGUUGCCCUUGCCAUCGAGGCUGGCAAGAUCAGCCCCCGUGACGAUUUCAAGGCCCGUGCCCGUCUCAUGGCUGACGACUACGGCUGGGAUGUCACCGACGCCCGUAAGAUCUGGUGCUUCGGUCCCGACACCAACGGUGCCAACUUGCUCAUUGACCAGACCAAGGCCGUUCAGUACCUGAACGAAAUCAAGGACUCUGUCGUCUCCGGUUUCCAGUGGGCCACCCGUGAGGGUCCCAUUGCUGAGGAGCCCCUGCGUGCUGUCCGCUUCAACAUUCUUGAUGUGACCCUGCACGCUGAUGCCAUCCACCGUGGUGGUGGUCAGAUCAUCCCCACUGCCCGCCGCGAGCCUAUCUUCAACGUCGAGAUCCAGGUUCCCGAGCAGGCUAUGGGUGGUAUCUACGGUGUCCUUACCCGCCGUCGUGGUCACGUCUACGCCGAGGAGCAGCGCCCCGGUACUCCUCUGUUCACCGUCAAGGCUUACCUGCCCGUCAACGAGUCUUUCGGUUUCUCUGCCGAUCUGCGCUCCGCCACCGGUGGUCAGGCCUUCCCCCAGUCCGUCUUCGACCACUGGUCCAUCCUCCCCGGUGGUUCUCCCCUCGACACCACCACCAAGCCCGGUCAGAUUGUCGCCGAGAUGCGCAAACGCAAGGGUCUCAAGGAGCAGGUUCCCGGCUACGAGAACUACUACGACAAGCUGUAA